AUGGCAGACUUUGCAUCAAGACGGCAACAGAAUAUCAAGCAGAAUGAGAUUCUUCUCAGCGAACUCAAGAAUCCCGUGCCCAAAGUCGAGCAUCAAUCCAAGCCUGCCAGCAAAAGCGUUAAACGUAGGGCCACUUCACCACGCGCGCCUACAAGGCAAUCCAGGCGAAUAGCAGAAGCCAGCACGAAAGCGAAUUACAAUGAAGAACAAGAUGAUGAACCUGUAUCACAGAAAUCUUCCAGAACUAGAAAGAGGAGUCGGAAAGUCUACAACAAUGCCGUGCAACCAACAACUUCAGAUUCAGACUCAGAACCUCAACCUCGCAAAGACGUCAAAUCCAUAAUAGACGGGUGGACGAGAUGGAAGCCGGAAGCUGAUGAGCCGGCGCGCGAUGCUUCUGGAGUAUUCCAUUUUGAUUCUCAUCCCGACUUCCGGCCCAACAAAUCCCCAGAAGAGAUUAUCCGUGAAGGAAGCUUUGGUGGCUCUUACUGGCGACCUUUAUUCUCCAAGCAUCUUGGAAUCACUAUACAAGAUGAUUGGAGAGAAUUACCAUCCUCGUGGACUGCAGGGUUGAACGUGGAUGAAUAUCUCACCAGCGACACAUACAACCCCGAGAUAAACAAAUACGGCGUCGCUUGCGGGCAAAGCAUUGAAGAAUGGGAAGCAGCUGGCUGGAUCGCACACGAGUAUGACGUUCGGGGUUGGUUUCAGUGGUAUUGCCGGUUCUGGAUGGGUCGUCGAUGUUCAGAUGAUGAGCGCCAGAUCAGUCGUUGGAAGAAGUGCGUUGGUGAGACGGGCCGAUGGCGACGGAUAUUGCUCAAGAAAUACGUGGCUUUGGGGAUACGCACGGUGUUCGCGGAUGAUGGGAGAGAUGAAGAUGAGGUUGAUGUGAGUCCUGUGGUGCAUCAGACGUGUCAUCACUGGGCAUAUGAAGUUCGACAGGACGCUUUGGAGAGAUUCUGGGCUGAUGGGAGAUGA